AUGGACGAAGAACAACCUCUAGAAAUGGAAACCUUUGACCAGAAAAACGAAUCGUUGCCCGAAGAGUCCCUUAGGAAGAUUGUCCGAUGGCGCCCUGUACAAAAUGUUGGAGGAUCUAUGCCAAGAGCAAGGCAUGGCCAUAGAGCGGUUUCUGUUAAAGACCUCAUUAUCAUUUUUGGUGGAGGUAACGAGGGAAUGAUUGAUGAACUUCAUGUAUUCAAUCCUCAGAAGCGUGAGUGGUAUGUUCCACAAAUACGCGGUCAAAGCCCGAGUCCGGCUGCUGCGUUCGGAGCCACUGCAUUGGGAACAAAGAUCUACACUUUCGGAGGAAUGAUAGAGUACGGCAAAUAUACAAGCGAAGUGUACGAGCUUCAAGCUACUCGUUGGGAAUGGCGUCGGAUGCCUACGAAAACAACGGGAAGCGAUCUGGCACCAGCCGCACGUCUCGGUCAUAGUUUCGUAGCUUCUCAAAAGACUCAAAAAGCAUACAUGUUCGGAGGAUUGACCAACGAAUUGAACGACAACAAGAGAAACCUUCCACGAUACAUGAAUGAUUUGUACACGCUCGAUUUGUCAGCUGCACCAAAUGCUGUUAUUUGGGAGAAGCCAGAAACCUUCGGAGAACCACCAUCGGUUCGCGAAUCGCAUACUGCAGUUAUUUACGAGACUGAUACAGUGAACAGAAUGAUUAUUUAUGGUGGAAUGAACGGCGUUCGUCUUGGAGACCUUUGGUAUCUUGACUUGGACACUAUGCACUGGACUGAAAUUAAGUUGGAUGAUCCACGCUGCGGAAUUUCACCGGAACCAAGAUCUCUUCACACUUCUGUGCUGAUUGAUGACAAAAUGUUUGUUUAUGGAGGAUGGGUGCCAUUGAUGUCUUCUGGUCCUGGGAACGAACAAGAAAGAGAGUGGAAAUGCACCAGUUCAGUCGCUUGCUGGGAUAUCACUAAAAAUCAGUGGAUUCCACUUCAGCACUAUUGCUCGGAUCCAGAAACAAUGCCUCGUGGACGCGCCGGACACUGUGCCGCGGCGAUGGGCGACCGAAUGUUCAUUUGGUCUGGAAGAGACGGAUACCGAAAAGCGUGGAGCAAUCAAGUUUGUUGUCGUGACAUGUGGGAACUUGAGACCAAAAAACCAGAACAGCCUGGCAAAAUUGCUCUUGCUCGUGCUGGGUUCAACUUGCUCGAGGUGUCCUGGCCACCGGUUCAAGGAGCGACAGCCUACUUUUUGCAAACUGGAUUCGUAGACACGAAGGACGGUCCAGCAUCUGAAAAACGUGUACCACCAUCUCCUCGUAAGCAACCAUCAGCUGCCGCUGUUCCUCAGAAAGAAGAUGACAAGAACGCACCUGCUGCUCCAUCGUUAAUCUCUACACAAGGUACCACUUACACCGCUCCAGCCCCUCCGAAUACUACUGCCAACGAAGGCGAACUUCCACAAGAUUUGUUCGACGAUACAGAAAAGAAUGAGAGAACUUCUGCUUCACCAAGACCAUCGGGUGACGCCCAAGCUGGUUUAUCCACGAAGAAACCAGAUGAAGGAGCUGGUCAGUCUGAUGAAGGCACGGAAAAAGAAGAGGAGACAUCAAGUCACGAAAACGAAGAUGACGAUCUAGCGUGGUUUGAUAUUGGAGUUAUCAAAGAUCCAGCAGUAAAUGUGACUCACUAUUUCCAUGCCAGACAAGCACCUCUAGAAGAUCAAAUUAGAGAAUUGAUUGAUAAAAAUGGUUUCAAAUGUGUCAACGAUCCUUGUUUUACUGCUGAUGACAAGGUUCCACUCAUUAAUGGUCAUACAUAUCGCUUCCGGGUUUGUGCAGUCAAUGGACUAGGAAAAGGAGCAUGGAGUGAGACACAAUCGUUCAAGACAUGUACUCCUGGAUAUCCAAGUGCUCCAUCGUCCAUUCGUAUUACUAAAUCUCCAGAUGGCGCUCAAUUGACAUGGGAACCACCAGCAAACACACAUGUUUCUGGAAAGAUCCUAGAAUACAGCGUCUAUUUGGCUGUAAAAAAUCAGUCGGCAAACCCGGCUGAUAGUCAAUUGGCUUUCAUGAGAGUGUACUGUGGUCCUCUCGCCGAAUGCAAUGUUCAUCAACCAAGUCUUCAAUCGGCAUAUGUUGAUCAUACCAACAAGCCAGCAAUCAUUUUCAGGAUUGCUGCAAAGAAUGAGAAGGGAUAUGGACCGGCUACCCAAGUUAGAUGGCUGCAGGAUCAGCAAAAAAUGAUGCCGGUCAGAAGUGCUUAUCCCAAUAUGAAUCCUGGUUACGUCUAUCAAAACCAAGCACCACAACAAAAGAGAAUCCGUUAUGAUCACCACUAA